AUGCCUAUGGCUAUCCCUCUUCCUAUUCUUCUGCUUCUCUUCCUUUCCAUACCUUUCUCGGAGUCCAAGCUCUCCUUUGAUUACUACAAGAAAUCAUGCCCUGACUUUGAAAAGAUAGUUCGUGAAGUUAUCACCAACAAACAAAUGACCAAUCCUGCAACCGCAGCCGGCACUUUACGUCUCUUCUUUCAUGACUGCAUGGUUGAGGGAUGUGAUGCCUCCGUUCUCGUGGCGUCAAACUCGUUCAACACCGCCGAGCGUGAUGCAGACCUGAACCUCUCCCUGUCAGGAGAUGGCUUCGAGGUGGUGGUUAAGGCAAAGACUGCACUUGAGCUAACAUGCCCUAGAGUUGUCUCCUGCGCGGACAUCCUUGCACUGGUCACACGCGACCUUGUCACCAUGGUUGGAGGACCUUACUACAACGUCCGACUAGGAAGAAAGGAUGGUUUGGUCUCUAAGGCCUCCCGUGUGGAGGGAAAUCUCCCUAGGACCAACAUGAGCAUGAACCAAAUGAUCGAUUUGUUUGCUUCCAAAGGAUUCACUAUUCAAGAAAUGGUUGCAUUAACAGGUGGUCACACCAUUGGAUUUUCUCAUUGCAUUGAAUUCACCGAUAGGUUAUAUAAUUUCAGCAAGAAAGAAGCAACUGAUCCUGAACUCAACUCUAAGUUCGCAGAAGGAUUGAAAAAUAUCUGUGCUAAUCAUACUAAGGAUAAAACCAUGUCGGCCUUCAACGAUGUGUUUACACCAGGCAAGUUCGACAAUAUGUAUUUCAAGAACUUGCCUAGGGGACUGGGGCUUCUGGCAUCUGAUCAUGCACUUGUUAAGGACCCAAGAACUAAGCCUUUUGUGGAGCUUUAUGCAUCAAACCAGGAUGCUUUCUUCAAGGAUUUCUCUCGUGCAAUGCAGAAACUCAGCAUUCAUGGGAUCAAGACUGCCAAAAACGGAGAAGUGAGAAAUAGGUGCGAUCAGUUCAAUUCUAUCGAGACUUAA